AAACUCCCCUCUCCUUCCUCUCACACCCCUGAUCGUUCUGUUUCUGAGCACACUAGAAACUUUGAGUGGUUCAUUGUAAAAACAGCAUUUUACAUCAACACCUACUUUAAAUCGAAAGAGAGUGGAGGAGAUACAAGAUGGGGAAAGCUGCUCAAAACACCCUUUCUUUAGGGUCAAGAUAAAUGAAAUAGACCAGUGUCUGAUUGAUCUGCCUGGCUGAUCUCACUGAAGUGCUGAAGGACCAAGGAUUCCAGAAAGUGGCCUUUUUUUUGGGCACUACAUUGGACUUUUUUGACAUCUGAGUUGGAGUUUCACUCUGUUCUUAGGUAACUAGCAUUUCCAGUUAAAGGAGUGUUUUUGACUUUAAACCCCUGGAGUACCUGUUGAAGCUGGUGAUGGGGAAUGCGGCGGGGGGCAUGGAGCAGUCAGAGGGCCGGGAGGCCAAGCCCUCCGUGGGGUCCGGAAUGGGCCUUAGUGACCCCCCCCCGACCCUGCAGAAGAAACAGCCUGCUCCCCCUAAGCUGCCAAUGCCCCCAGAGGAGGAACUGGAAGAACGCUUCAACGUGGUUCUGAGCAACAUGAACUUGCCUCCUGACAAAUUGAAGCUGUUGAGUCAGUAUGACAAUGACAAGAAGUGGGAGCUUGUCUGUGAUCAGGAGCGCUUCCAGGUCAAGAACCCUCCCUCUACCUAUCUGACCAAAAUCAAGAGCUUCUACCAGGACCAAGGAAAGUUCUCCCAUAGGUCCAAGAGGCGGGUCCAGGAGUCCACUCAGGUACUGAGAGAGCUUGAGAUCUCCCUCCGCACCAAUCACAUUGGAUGGGCCCAGGAGUUUCUCAGUGAGGAGAACCAGGGUUUAGACGUCCUGGUGGACUACCUGUCCUAUGCCCAGAGCGAUGCCCCGUUUGACCUGGAGAGUGCUGAGAAUGGUAGCACACUAUCUGACAGAGGCAAGCCGGAGCAGAAGUCCAUCGAGGAUCUUAAUAAGAGUGCGGGUAACUCCCCCUCCCACGGCAUGACCAGAGCAGCCCGGGCCCUGACCGUACGGAUCACCUCUCUGACCCAUAUCAGGAGGACUCAAAAGAGCUCCCGAUUGGCCAAUCAGAGGGAUGACGUCCAUGUUUGCAUCAUGUGUCUACGUGCGAUCAUGAACUACCAGUCUGGCUUCAACCAAGUGAUGACACACCCACGCUGUGUAAAUGAAAUCACUCUCAGUCUCAACAACAGGAACCCCAGGACCAGAGCCUUGGUAUUAGAGCUGUUGGCGGCUGUCUGUCUUGUGAGGGGGGGUCAUGACAUCAUUCUUGCUGCCUUUGACAACUUCAAAGAGGUGAGUGGAGAGAAGAACCGCUUUGAGAAGCUGAUGGAGUACUUCAGCAACGAUGACAGCAACAUUGACUUCAUGGUGGCCUGCAUGCAGUUUAUAAACAUUGUGGUCCAUUCGGUGGAGAAUAUGAACUUCCGAGUCCAUCUGCAGUAUGAGUUCACUCAACAUGGGCUGGACCAGUACCUGGAGACCCUUAAACUCACGGAGAGUGAGAAGCUCCAGGUGCAGAUCCAGGCCUACCUGGACAACGUGUUUGACGUGGGGGCUCUGCUGGAGGACGCCGAGAACAAGGGCGGGGUGAUGGAGCACGUGGACCAACUGCAGGAUCACAACACGCAGCUGAGUGCCAGGCUGCAGGAGAUAGAGAAUGAAUAUGCUGAGAGGAUGGCUGAACUGGAGAAACAGCUUCUUCAGGCCACCAAGGAGACUGAGCUGCUCAAGGAUAGCCUCCGGGUCUCCUGUUCCCAGGUCAGUUCUCUGCAGCAGAGGGAGAGGGAGAGGGAGAUGAACCAGGAGAGGGAGAGGGACCGAGAGCGUCUGAGCCAGCCCUCCUCCGAGCUGGAACUGAAAGUGCAGGAGUUGCAGGAGCGCGGCCUGGUACGCCUGGGACGCACCCCCUCUGGGGCCCUGGACUUGCAGGUGGUCCCUAUCACCAUCGUGGAGUACGUGGCUGCCCCGGUCUCUGAGCCCCAGCCCCGCCCUGGUGGAACCGCAGACCUUGGCCCGGUGGUCACCGCUGUCACCACACCUUCUGCUGUUCCUCCUCCUCCGCCGCCUCCACCUCCGGGGCCCGGUGGACCUGCUCCGCCACCCCCGCCACCCCCGCCACCUCCUCCUCCACCGCCUGGCUCUGGUGGUCCACCUCCCCCUCCUCCUCCCCCUCCCCCCGGGGGAGGUCCACCGCCACCUCCUCCCCCACCUGGAGCGGGACCCCCACCUCCACCUGGAGCCCCACCUCCACCCGGAGGCCCACCUGCCGGAGACAGCCAAGCCGGAGGGAAAAGCAGGAAGCCCAUCCAGACUAAGUUCCGGAUGCCGUUGCUCAACUGGCAGGCGCUGAAGCCCAACCAGGUGACGGGCACAGUGUUCAACGAGCUGGACGAUGAGCAGGUCCUAAAGGAGCUGAACAUGGAGGCUUUUGAGGAGCAGUUUAAGACCAAGGCCCAGGGCCCACCGGCAGCCCUGUCCACUAUGAAGGUCAAGGUGGCCCAAAAGGUCCCUAGCAAAGUCAGCCUGAUCGAAGGCAACAAGGCCAAGAACCUGGCUAUCACGCUACGCAAGGGAGGCAGAAGCCCCGCUGACAUCUGCAAAGCUAUAGAGACGUAUGACCAGAAUGCGUUAGGGCUGGACUUCCUGGAGCUGCUGGAGCGCUUCGUCCCAUCAGACUUUGAGCUGAAGCUCCUCCAGAACUAUGAGAAGGAGGGCCGUCCGCUGGAUGAACUGUCUGAAGAGGACCGUUUCAUGAUGCGCUUUGGGAAAAUCCCCCGUUUGGCUCAGCGAAUUAGCACCCUCACCUUCAUGGGCAACUUCCCAGAGAGUGUCAAACGUGUGCAGCCGCAACUGAACUCCAUAAUUGCAGCAUCUAUGUCCAUAAAGUCCUCACCCAAGCUGAAAAAGAUGUUAGAGAUCAUCCUGGCCUUUGGAAAUUACAUGAACAGCAGUAAGAGAGGUGCAGCCUACGGCUUCCGGCUUCAGAGCCUGGACUUGCUGCUUGAUACCAAGUCUACAGACCGCUCCCAGUCUCUGCUGCACUUCAUCUCCAACAUCAUUAACGAUAAAUAUCCUGAACUGAACAACUUCCACUCAGAGCUGCACUUUGUGGACAAGGCUGGCCUCGUGUCUCUGGACAGUAUUCUGCAGGAAAUCCGAUCUCUGGAGAGGGGAAUGGAGGUGGCCAAGAAAGAGUUCCUAGUCCAGGAUGACAACGUGGUGCUGAAGGAGUUUGUCAAGACCAACAGUGAACAACUGGACUCUUUAAUCAAAGACAGCAAGAAAGCUCAGGAGGCAUAUGGCUCUGUGGUGGAAUAUUUUGGAGAAAACCCCAAGACAACACAACCAUCCAUGUUCUUCCCUUUGUUCGUCCGCUUCAUAAAAGCCUAUAAGCAAGCAGAGCAGGACAACGAACAGAAGAAGAAACUAGAGGCUCAGAUCAGUGAGAACCAAUCCGACUCUCCGUCCCCUAGGAAGAAAGAGCUCCCGGGAAGCAAGUCUCCCAUGGGGCCUAUGAUGCCCAAAAUGGAUCUGAUAGCAGAGCUGAAGAAAAGGCAGGUGAAGCCCCAGGUGAAGGACGGGGCACUGGAGGACAUCAUCACAGACCUGAGGAACUCACCAUUCAGAGCCACAGACGGACGGAGACCAGCACAGCGCCAAGACAGCUGAAGAAACGCAGCCCCAUGACACUUCUACCAUGGUGCUACUGUACCCUGUCAAGUGGAUUUACUGGUGUCUGUUUACCGCUACUGUACAGACACCUUAUACACACCAGCACUGAAGGCCAGAUUUGACCUACAGAGACACAUUUGAAAAACAGUAUGAAUUUACUCUGUAAAUAAAACACUGAGUAUGAGCCAUCUGUCAUGAAUGUGUAACAUAAUAAAUACAUACAUUUCGAUUUUAAUUGUAUUACUCACCUUCCUGUGGGUGAAUCUUUUAAGAAAAAAAAAUAAAGAGAUAU